GUUCCAUAAAUUGGCACUUCUAUCCGACCGGGAAGAAGCGAGAAGGCGCCGAUCACCUCCGCUUCCGUUCGCUCUCUUCUCGUAUAUUCCUUUUCCUCCUUCUCCUUCUCCUCCUCUUCUUCUUCCUCCACCUCAUCUUCCUUCACCUUCGUCCCCACAUAUCCACCAACACACAUUCUUCUUAUCCAGGUGCUCAUACUCCGCGUUUCAACGUCAGUUGUAAACGAACGGACGCCCCUAGUCCCAGCCCCCCAGAAAUCAAUGACCCCGCCCCUCCAGAGCACUCUUCUUCACUUUUAGCCCAUGGACUCCCGCCUCGAACUGCUCGACCUUCCGGACGAGCUCCUUCUCCAGAUCGUUUCCCAUCUUGAACCGAGCUCGGUAAUUCCGCUUCAUCGAUGUCGUAAACGCUUGCGUGCCCUCACCCGCUCGGAUCCCACGCUAUGGCGAUCUCUCUGUGCCUAUCAAGCGACCGUCGAAAAUUCCUGCCCUGUAUGGGAUCGAAGCGAAGAGCUCUCAGCCGUGAUCGAUAACUGGCCACACAAAGAAAUCGAUUGGUAUAGUGAAUACAAGUUUCGCCAUGCGCCACUGACAACGCGUUGGCUGUCUUGUCCCGACGACGAGGUGAAAGGACUGACGUCCCUCACGGCGCGGAAUACGCACAAACACUUCCUUAUCACCCCGCUCGAAGAUGGCGCCAUCAGUAUCUGGUCUCCUACCGAUACCAACGACGAACGGGAUGUCUCAAGGUCAAAGCCCGGCGUCCUCUCCACACCGCCUCCGCCAGCAUCGCGGAAAUCAAGGGUUAUGGAGCUUGGGGACAAUACUGUCGCUUCGUCGGAGUUGGACAGAAUCUACGUGGCAUCGCAUUCCACCCUUAUCGAGCUCUCGUUGACAACGCUGCAAACAAUCUCGUCCACCAAAUUUCCCUUCUCCAUCAGUACUUUGAGCUCGGAAAUAGUGUCACCGCACCCCCUAACGGUCGGAACCACUCUCACUCUGCAUCUCCACGAUCCACGCAUUGCCUCCGCUUUUGCAGCGCCCUCCACCGUGCUUCCGCAUACUUUCCCGGCGAAUUACGCUAAUCAUGCCCCUCUAUUCCAACCCUCGCCGCUGGCAAUCCUGCACCACCCAAACAACUCCCUCUAUGUUGCCGGGCGUUUCCCAUCGAUCCUCUGCUACGACCGAGCGAUGUGGCCACGACUUCAAGGAACCCUCUAUAGCGGCGCUAGCCUCUGCACCCUCACAGCCGACGGAAUGGGGGGACUGAUCGCCGGUGGUACCUAUAACGGCCGUGGCACGCUCGAGAGCUACAAUCUGACCCCUGAUGUUGAGGUCCCGCAACAGAGGAACCGGCAGUCCGCCGCAUGGGGUAAGAUUCUUUCGGUUGCGAAACAGGGCGCGCGGGUGGUCUCGUGCGAUAGUGAGGGAACAGUGAGCUGGUUCGAGAAGGAUUGCAGAUACGUUGUGCGGCGUGAGGAGGUGUAUGACCCAGAAUUUCAACAAGAAACUGGAACUUUGUGGGCGACGACACUUGAAGAGGGCUGUGGACCUGCCCGGAAGGUGGUGGUCAUGGAAGGAGGAGAGGGUGAGGGACUAGGAGUGUGGGCUGGGGAUCGUCUUGGAUUUUUGGCACCUGGUAGGAAGGAUGAUGAAGACGAGGAAGAAGGUGACGGGGUCAUGGUGGAGAGCAAAGAGGAGCUCCUGGAGAAUGAGAUGGCAGACAGAAUGAGGAGGGCAUUGCAUGCACAUGCGGAUGAGCUGAGGAUCUUGGGAACCCUGGCGGGAUUGACAUAGUUAGCUAUUCAGUUGGGAAGUGGUGCUCAACGAUGUUGAUGCUAUUUGAUUGGUGAUCUUCGGUUUUUCGACCCUCGCCUUAGUUGAUGUGUGAUGUUUUUGGUUGUCAUUCAAUUCGAUAUUCAAAGUUUUAUAAAUCUGCUACAG